AAAUAAAAUUCACGCUCAUAAUUAGUGACACUUUAACGUACUGACGAGUUACUGUACGCAUGGAAUUCAUCGUAACCACAAUGCAAAUCGACACAUAUAUAUUUGCAUUUUUGUUCAUAACAACAACUGGAUUUGUUGCGGUAAAAACUCGUGAUAUACCACCCUUUUUAAAAAUAUGUCAUCGCAAUGAUCCGAAUUUGAACGAAUGUGUAAAGCGAAGCAUCGACUUGUUAAGGCCUUAUCUGAAGACAGGCAUACCAGCAUUGCAAAUACCACCUUGUGAACCACUUCGCGUGCCACAGAUUGAAAUUAGCCAUUCAGCUGGUCCAGUUUCCAUUAAAUCAACAUAUACCGACAUCGAGGUUCAAGGUGGAACAAGUUUCAUCUUAAAGAGCGUCAAAAUCGACAUCGAUAAUAAUCGCGUUAGGUUGAAACUUUACAUUCCACGUCUUGAGAUGAACGCACGUUACAAUAUAGAAGGAAACAUCAUGAUGUUGCCUAUAAACGGAAAUGGAUUGGCCCGUGGAAAUUUCACGGAUAUUGAUGUCAUAAACACCAUCCAAGGCGAACAUUAUCAGUCUCGAAAAACUAAUGAGACUCAUUAUCGUGUUACCGAUUUUUAUGUAGAUUUUGACGUUGGACAAGCUGAUAUCUAUCUAGACAAUUUGUUCAAUGGCGACACUAUUCUAUCUAAUGCCAUGAAUCUCUUUUUAAACAGUAACUGGAAAGCUGUUGCGGCCGAAAUAAAACCAGCUCUUGAGAAUACAGUUUCAGAAAUGUUUAAGACGUUCUCAAAUAAGAUUUAUUCGAAAUUUCCAUUGAACACAUUGCUGCCACCUUAAAUUUAACAUUCAUCUUUUUACAAAUUUAAACGGAUAUUAGAAAAAUAAGAAUCCAUUAUUUAAAAAAUUUUUUAAUUUAUUACUACUUUUACUUACCUAUUAAUUUUAGUUUUUGUAAUUUUGUGUGUGUUAUUGUGUACAGAAUUAAUUAAACUACUUGCAUCUCUUUCUAUAUUAUUCUGAUUUAAAAUAAGAAACGCACAUUAGCAAGAAUUGGGAACAUUAUUUUAAUAAAGUUAACAUUUCAAGUAAAUAAUUAUAUUUAUUACUAU